AUGAGAACAGCCAAGCCCCCUUUCCCCCCCCCCCAGAAGGUUGUGUACCCGGCAUGGGCGAACCAGCGGAAACGCAGAUCUGCGGCCUACAAACCUACAGCAGCCCUCGACUGGUUGGUGCUGCUGGGCAGAUUUGAACCACCGGAGUACCCAGAGGUGGAAGACUUCCCUACAGGUCACAUACCUACGCGGUUAAUGAUGGGGCGUCAGUCCCAAAAACCGCUGCUGAAAUCGCCCUUUGGGGUCCAGGGACAUAGGUGCCAUGCUGCAACAACGACAACCGUCGCCCAAAAUGGCGGGAGCAGUGGAGCAACAAGUCGACAAGGUAUCUAUAGACCCCACAUCCCCUGA